UUGGGCCCAUCGAUCCUUUUUUUUGCCCAAAGGUUUUUUUGGCUAUUCCAUGUUUACGGCAGGGCUUUCAACCCCGUCCGUCACACCUCCACAAACACCCCCCAAACAGUCCCACGUUGCAACUCGUUUGGCCAUCAUCCGAACAUCCAAUCGUCGUUGGCAUCUCCACAACAAGAACCAACUGACCUGCAGCUGUUUUCACUAGUCUAUUCUUUUUUGCUUUUAUUUUCCUCUAGCCUACUUUUCCUCCAUCUCGUUUCUUUUUGCCUUACUUUUGAGACAACGAUUUGGGCGCUUAUCACAGACGACAGGGGACAAUCACGAGAACCUGGAUCGCGAAUUGGCUUUCUGUUGUGAAUUAUAUCACGCUACAAUUCCUACGACGCUUUCUCCCUUUCUUUUCUCGACCUCCAGCGUUCUGUUUCCUUUAGCCUGUGCGCAGGGUGCACAAGGACGUUGAUAGUAGAAGGAUAAAAACUACCUUUCCCUCCUUUCUCAACUGUCCGCUUGAGGUUGAUGAUUAUCUGAUUCUCGCUGUAAAAGUGAAGCGGCAGAACUUGUGAAUCGAUUUUCAUAUUCUUUGAAGUGACUUGAACCUUGCCGUGCUUCCUUGUUUUGGUUGUGGUGCAUUCUUCUACCACGCCAAUUUUUUAUUUUUGUCGAACGUUGCUGUAGCCAGCGUUUCGUAUAGGAUAACUGUGUCGGCAAGUGCCUUCCAUAUAUUGUCGUUAACGUCGCAUGCUUGAAGUCAUAAGCGGGGCGACGAAGCGGCACACAGGCAUUCAUCAUCACAUGCCGGCAGGUUUAUCUGCGACGCAGAAUACCACUGGCGUUGCCUCUUCAACAUCAAGAUCCUUUUCCCCGACACGCAAAUUCAGCGCACCUGCAGAACAUUUUGGAACAAGCUUCCCAUCCCCUCCUUCACCAAUUCGAAAAUUCAGUGAUGUGGAAGAUGCCGGCUUGGCAACGGUGCGGGGAUGGCGUGCCAGCAUGCCAUCCUCACCGACGACCGCGUUUCGGCGAGUGAGCGAGGGCCUUCCUCUCUCUGUUGCUAGUUCACCAUCAUCUGCACUAUCGUCCGCGCUGGCUGCCUCUGCGCCGAAAUCGGACAAUUCCGGGAUGGGUAUGGACAUUUCUAGUGCUGGCCAACUCGGCCUGCGGAAGGUGUAUCCUGUGGACUCUGAGCCGCUCUCGACAUCACAGUGUCCGUUGCAGGCACCUAGCGAAGAUUUCCUGGCAAGAAUUGUUGCAGGAUCCCCAGGUGUUAUUAGUACUCGAGCUUCCCAGAGAUCAAAUGAUGCGAUGUGUCUCCGAGAAAGGGUACCAUCCCAUUCCUCUGUUGACUCUUCCGCUUCAACGCCUCCUGUACCGAUUCCGUUCUUGGGUGAGGGCAUACAUUCACAUCGUAGUUCUUCCUCAUCGAACGUGUCUCCAGCAUCCAGCUGCAGGAAUCUUCAUCGAUAUCGCAGUGAUACAAACAUCAGCCGGAGUCACAACACACCACGAACUCUACGAAAGUCACGACAUGCGCGCUCAAUGUCCUUCCAUCAUAGUGACGACGAAGAUGAUCUUCAUUGGCGAGGCUUCCGCGACUCACCGCCCUCCCUGCCUCUUGUUCCCUAUAAAAAUCAGGUCGGAGGACACGCCUCAUUUUUGCGCUUCUCCGACAAGGCAAUAUGCAAACCUUUGAAUGCUAGAGAAAGGGACUUUUAUGAGGUGGUGGAAUCUACACAUCCCGAAAUCAAGCCUUUUAUGGCAAAUUAUCUGGGUGUGGUAAACGUCACUUACAGCACCGCUUCGGCUGAUGCCGACUACUAUGGAGUAGCAGCUGGAACACCUGUUGUCAUUUUGGAGGAGAACAAACACAUUCUUCUGGAUGAUCAUCAUGACAAUCCUGACUCGAUGAACACCUCGGAGGAAUCUGUUAACAGCAUUCCCCCUUAUAGUAAGCGACUUCAGCAACAAGUGUUCAAAGAUGCUUUGUCCCCCCAGAGUUUGAGAGCCCGUUUCGCCCAGCUCAAGACCGCUAUUGGCGCUAUGAAACGACGGCAUUCGAUCACUGGUACGGAGCGACCUGAAACCGAUGAUGCUGUUAAGCAGAGUGGGUUGAAGUGUCAGCAGGGACCUUGGUAUUCGAUGGAUAACGUGGCACACGAUUCCUCGCCUUCAGAUCCUGCAGUCUCCAUUCCACCAUCUGCCAACAAUUUGGAAACUUCUGAUGCUCCCUCGGAUUCUUUGGCUCCCAUUUUCCAAAUGUCUGACGACGAAGAGGAUAAGGCUCCGGACGCCCAUCCAAAACGAGAUUCUUCCAACCCCCGUCACCACCCGACCCCACCUACACGUCUUACUCGAUCUCCAUCAACGCCAGUAAGAUGCAUAGCCUCCGAAUAUCACGACGAAGGAGCAAAUGCAUCAGAUGCGGACCAAGUUCCAGCGUCCGUGACUUACAAUCCAUGGUCACUUCACCUUUACCAUACAGCUAUGUCCAAGCUGGCCGAAUGUGAUAACGAAGAGCGAAGAACGCAUCAAUUUUUGCUGCUGGAAGACUUGACGCAGGGCUUACGGUUUCCAUGCAUUUUGGACCUUAAGAUGGGAAGUCGUCAACACGGUGUGUAUGCCACACCGGAAAAGCGGAUAUCACAGGAGAAGAAAUGCGAGAAGAGUACCAGUAAGAAGCUUGGUGUGAGAAUUUGUGGCAUGCAGGUGUAUAAGGUGAACACGGGAACCUUUACAUAUCUGGACAAGUACAUUGGACGUCAAAUCAACAUGUCCAAUUUCAAACAGUCCCUUUUAUCUUUCCUCGAUAACGGAGAAAAGUACCUGGUCGGUUACAUUCCAAAAAUGUUGGAGAGACUUAAGGACCUGCAUAGGGUAGUCUCGAAAAUGCCAUCGUACCGUUUUUACGCUAGUAGUCUCCUGAUCUUGUAUGAUGGAGCAUGGGCGCAAGAUUGUGACGGGCAGGACCGGGCAAGCGUUCAAUUGUCCCCUAGCAGCGCUGACGAAGGCACGGAGAGGGAUCCAUUGGACCCAACACCUCGCGAGGUCAAUAUGAAGAUGAUUGAUUUUGCAAAUUGUGUAGCGAAUGCACACACUCUGCGGCGAUUGGAUGAUUCUGAAACUGUGACGGACGACGGGCACCGCACACACCCCGUUCCCUUCCCACCUACCACAAAAGGGCCGGACAAUGGCUAUAUGCUCGGAUUACGUACUUUGAUUCGCAGUUUUGAGGAACUGUACCGGGAGUUGGGGGGAGGUGGGCCUUACGUUGACGCGAAUGGGCACGUCUCCAAAAGCGCGUUGACCGCCAGUCAGCGGAUGAACGUUGGCGGAUUCACCGAAUCCAGCGAUUUGCUGUCUCCUUCACCUCUUCUUUUGGCGGGGAGCGCUCCGACUGCUGGAGCUAAUUCUGAGGUGCGAGGGCACAAUACACCUUUUGUAGUCAUGAGGUAUAAGGAUGGAACUAGUGCUGGGGCUCUUGAGGCAACAACAAAGGAAGAGCAGGGCGAGGGAGUAGGUCACGCAUCGUCGCUACCCCUUUGUUGACAUAUUGGAGAAGGGUGGCUAGGAAAAGGAUCAAGUCGCAUAGGGUUAAGGCGGACUGGAUUUUCUCUUCCAAUCUUUUUUUUUUUCAUGUAAUUGUCUUUGUUGUGGAUUAUUGCUUUAUAUAUUUUUCUGAUUUUGUGUCAAGUUGACAAUCUUUGUUGGCAUUCAAUAUCCUGUCC